CUCACGACCCUGAGAUCAAGACUCACAUGCUCCUCAGGAUGAGCCAGUCAGGCACCCAUAGCCACAGAUUCUGGGAUGUGCCUUCUUUCUUUUUUAAUUUUCUUUUAUUUUUUAAAUUUAUUUUUUAAUAACUAAUUUUUUGAGAGAGAGAGAAUGAGCAAGCAUGGGGGCGGGGAGGGUCAGAGAGAGAGGGAGAGAGAAUCCUAAGCAGGCUCCAUGCCCAGCAUGGAGUCCCACACGGGGCUUGAUCUCAAGACCCUGGGAUCAUGACCUAGGCCAAAAUCAAGAGUUGGGCACUUAAUCGACUGAGCCACCAGGUGCCCCGAUAUACCUUCUUUCAAUUACGUGGAAACCAGUUCCUCUCCCCUUGAGUCUGAGCUUCACUCAAACCUUCCUCAUAGCCAAUAGAAUAUGGCAGAAGUGUUGCUGUGUGACUUCCGAGACUAGGUCAUAAAAGGCGUUGAGUCUUCCUCCUUGCUCUUUCUCUCGGAUGGCUCCGAUGGGGAGGUUGGCCACCACCAUGUCGUGAUGGCAGAGAAGCAGCCAUUGGAGAGACCCAUGUGGAGAAGAACUAAAGCCUCUUGCCAGCAGCCAACACCACGUGCGUGAUCCGUGUUGGAAGCAGAUCUUCCAACCCCGGUUAGACCUUCAGAUGACUAUAGCUCUGGCCAGCAUGCUGACUGGAACUUCAUGAGACACCUGGAGUCAUAACCACCCAGCCAAGCCAUUGCCAGAUUCCUGACCAGCAGAGACGAUGUUAGCUGAUAAAUGUUUGUUUGAAGCCACCAGGUGUUGGGGAAUGAUUUGUUAUGCAGCAAUAGAUGUGGCGAAUAACACUGCUAUGAAGCGUUACAAAUACUUCUUCAAGACCCUGCUUUCAGUUCUUCGGGGAAAACCCUUCCCAGAGCCUCUCCCCAGUCAUGGACAGCCCCAGUCUUCGAGAGCUUCAACAGCCUCUGCUGGCAGGUGUGGGCUGUGGGCCCCCCAUCCAGAAGCCUGGUGAGCCCCAGCUGGGGCCUCCCUUUGGAGAGACAGCCUUUGCAGAGUCCCUGAAGGGUUGGCAGCUCCUCCCACCACCUCUUCCCACUGUGAGCGCUGGCCUUGGGGAGCCAGGGCCCCCUGACCUUGAGGAUGCAUCAUCCAGUGACAGCGACUCGGACUGGGAUGGGAGCAGCCUUCUCUCCCCGCUCCUACCCCACGACCACCUUGGCUUGGCCGUCUUCUCCAUGCUCUGCUGUUUCUGGCCUGUGGGCAUCGCUGCCUUCUGCCUGGCCCAGAAGACCAACAAGGCUUGGGCCAAGGGGGACGUCCAGGGGGCAGGGGCUGCCUCCCGCCGCGCCUUCCUGCUGGGGGUCCUCGCCGUCGGGCUGGGCGUGUGCACAUAUGCGGCCGCCCUGGUGACCCUGGCCGCCUACCUGGCCUCCCGAGAGCCGCCCUAGUUGCCCGCGCGGCCCUCACUGUGAAUCAGGGGCCGGCACCCGGCGCGUCGGCGGGCAACGUGGAGAAUCCGGGUGGAUGAGGCGGCGGCAGCAGCAGCCACCGCCUCCUUCCUGGCCGCCGCAACGAGAUUAAACUCCAGACACUCUCGCAGCCAAACCUGUGUCUGUGUGUGUAUGUGUGCGGGGGUGCGGAGACCAGGAAGGGGCAGGCUGUCCCCAGGGUGCUCCGCGACAACUCGGAGCUGGAGAAGGGGAAACCCGAGGGGCGGAGUGUUCUCUUCACAGCGCAGUGGUCCGCAGAGCAUUAGAGAGCAGGGCUCCAAGUGCUUACUCCUCAGCUGUGUAACCUUGACCCAUGUGACCGCUCUGAGGCUCACAUCUUCCCGUCUGCAAAAUGGGGCUUUCUCCGCACCUGGGAGCUAUGAAUGGGCCAUCCACGAAAAGGGUGGUAUCCCUCAGCUCUUUGCACAGCAAGCGGCUGAAACUCAGCUCAGACUGCUUUAAGCAUCAAAAGGCAAGGAAGCUGAAGCAGAACUGGACUCAGGGGCCCAAAUGAAGUGAAGGCUCUGGUCUCUCAGCCUCCUGGCCCUCCUUUUCUGUUGGCUUCAUUCUGUGCAGGCUUCUGGAGAAGUGUGGUCCCAGGAACUCAGGUACUCCAGAGGUCCUCCUCCCUGGGGAUCCCUCACAGGGUGGCCCUGGGUGAGAGGCAGCCCCAU